AUGCUAGGCAUUCCAUUCCUCGAUGAUGCGAUCACGAAAUGGUUUCGUCCGACGGCAUUCGACGAUCCCGUCGACCGUCUUAAUUAUUUUGUCACGGCAACCCUGCUGGCCUUCUUUGCCGUGAUGGUGUCGGCUAAGCAGUACGUCGGAGCCCCCAUUCAAUGCUGGAUGCCCAUGGAGUUCAAGGGUGGCUGGGAACAGUACGCAGAAGAUUACUGCUUCAUCCAGAACACCUUCUUCAUCCCUUUCCAUGAGGAGAUUCCUCAGGAUACUGAAGCUAGAGAAGAGGCCCAAAUCGGCUACUACCAAUGGGUGCCGAUCAUGCUUGCCCUUCAAGCCAUCAUGUUCUUCAUCCCCAGCUGGAUCUGGAAGACGAUGCACCAGCAGAGCGGCAUCGACAUGUCGAUGGCAGUCUCUGACGCCCAGAAGUUGCGAUCUCUCAGCCACGCCGAGCGCAAGCAGGAAACCGUCAAGCUGUGCGACUACCUGAUUGAUGCCCUCGAGUUCAAGCAGGCCUACAAGUCGCCCUUCCGAUUCAUGUGUUUCAACGUCGGUCAUGGUGGCGGCAAAUUCGUUGCGACGCUCUACCUCUUCGUCAAGUUCCUCUAUGUUCUGAACAUCUUCCUCCAGUUCUACUUGCUGAACACGUUCCUGGGAUCCGACUACCACUUCUGGGGUUUUCAGACGUUCAUGGAUCUGAUGAGCGGUCGCCAAUGGCUCGAGAGCGGUGUCUUCCCGCGUGUGACCCUCUGCGACUUCAAGGUCCGCCGAUUGGCCAACAUCCAUCGCUACACCGUCCAAUGCGUGUUGAUGAUCAACAUGUUCAACGAGAAGAUCUACCUCUUCUUGUGGUUCUGGUUCCUGUUCGUCAUGGUCUCGACCGUCAUCAACUUCUUCUACUGCUGCUUCCAGCUUCUCCCGGCCAGGUCAAGGGUCAACAACUGCAAGCGUUGGUUGAACGAGACGAAGGGCGACCACCCCGACCACUACAACCGAUCUCGUGUCAUUAGCAGCUUCGUGGAGCGUGGACUGAAGCCCGAUGGGGUCCUGCUGCUGCGUUUCGUGGAAGGACACGCCGGAGCCAUUGUGGCCAGGGAAUUGUCCCAGCAGCUGUUUACUGACUAUUUCCAGGAGCUCCAAUCCGUUCCCGGAAACUUUGGCGAGCAUUCGACAAAGACAACAUCGCCCGGCCUUGACGAUGGCAUCCGCGAGGAGCUGUACCCCACCGGAAAGCUCGGCCUCAACGAGCCCGACUUUGUCAAGCAGCCCAUGCUCCCA